UUGACAUGCUAAUUUGUUGCACUUGUUGCACCGCCAAAGACAUGAAAGAGCGUGGUACUUGCUUUUUAUGGCCACAAGUGUGUGUGGUGGAUGCAUGUACGAAUGGGAAACACGCCUUCCUCCAUGGUAUGUCAUGUAUGUGUAAGUCCUAAGGUCAUGAAGGUGGCCCAGCUUUGACUGAGUUUCCUUUGUUAACCUGUUUUAAUAACAGAUUAAUGGCUCCGUCAGCAGCUGACUAUCCAAUGACAGUUCUGCAUGAACAACCUCCACUGGUAUAAUCAGCUCUUCUUUCCUGCACCAGUAAUUUUUAAUGAAAGGAAAAGGCACUUAACGCUUCCAGGCUAGCACACUGUUCACAAAGCAAAUAAUGGUGUAAAUUAGCUGAAACUCAUGUACAUGUGUAUGUACCUGCAUUUUAAACACUUUGGCUACAAAUGCACCAAAGAUUACUACCAGUAGAUUUUCCAAACCUGUACUGGUUUUGCUGAUUACUUUGUGAGCACUUGUAGUUUGCCCAGAACCUCCAUGUAUGCGUACAUGUAUGUGCUUCAUCGAACUUCCAUGUACAUGUACCAAGUCUGCUCUACACAGUUCGGCUUUUGAUAUUUCAUCACUUUUUCAUGGCUGACUUCUCAUCGUGGAGUUAUCACUUUCUCGUGGAAAGUUUGCAAGUUUUUGACUGAUUAUGCUGGAGUAUGAUGGACGGUUCCUGUUGAUCGUGUGACUGGACUAUAUGUACAUAGGUGGAAAACGAGGCGGGGCAACAUGCAAGAAGAACCAGCAAAUUAUGAGGAAGUCCUGAACCAGGUGCUCCUGGUCCUGGUGUCGGCGGCCUUUCUCACGGUGGUCGUCAUGACAACCUUCCUGUGCGGAAUCUGCAACUUCUUCAAGAGGUCCAGCGACGACGACAACGGGUCGGAUUCGGAGCAGAAGCAGCCCAUACUGGGCAUGGAGGAGAACCGGAUGGGUACCAAGAAGCUGGGCCCACGGAGUACUAGCUACACUGACCCGGCCAAGCGCUCACCGUUGAUAUCGUCCAAACAUAAAAACUCGGAGGAACCUCUUGAGGAAGUCUUUGAGCAUUGUAAGGCACCCCCUCGUAAGUCACGGUCCCUCUUGUCCUUUGGUCAUGUUGGUUCACGACAAGCGACAAGUGACGGCAAACUACCUCUGGUGCCGGGUCAAACCACCGUCCAGAAUGUCCAGCCCCCACUAAUGCGACGGUCUCAGUCCACGCCCAUGCCAGCACUGCCUGUCUCCCACCUUCACACAGUCUUUGAACAUUCCGAGGGUAAGAUGGUUGCAGAACCAGUACAGCCAGAUGCUAGGAAGCUUGGCAAGCAGUCCUCAGUCAUGUCUGCUGCCUCUGCUUUCGGUCUGGCCCAGGAAGCGCUCGGGCUCACAGAGAAAUUUGGUAGGAAAUCCAGUAACUCUGCUGCAUGCGGAGACUUAGUCCUGAGGCAGCAGAAUUCGGUCCCUGCGUGUCCGCCAGACGAAGAAGGAGAAUUUGUCGGCAAGCUGCAGUUCAGCAUCAAAUAUGAAUUUACCGAUGAAACACUGGUUGUCAAAAUUAUGAGGGCAACUGAUCUACUAGCCAAAGAUUUUAGUGGUACCAGUGACCCAUUUGUCAAGGUGCUUUUGCUACCCAACAAGAAACAUAAAAUGGAAACUAAAGUCAAGAGGAAAAAGCUGAAUCCAAUCUGGAAUGAGACCUUUCUGUUUGAAGGUUUCCCAUAUAACAAACUCCAAGAGAGAAUCCUGCACUUGGAGGUGUUGGACUACGAUCGCUUCAGCAGGAACGACCCCAUCGGGGAGCUCAACCUCCCAUUGGCGGAGAUUGACCUGACCCAGGAGCUGAUAAUCAACAAGGCGCUCACGCCCAGCACCAAGUCAGCUGGCAAGCUCGGCAAGAUCCUUGUGUCGCUGUGCUUCGCACCCACAGCGGGCAGAAUAACAAUAGUCAUCAUGAAAUGUGAGAACCUGGCUGCGAAGGAUAUUACUGGCAAAUCAGAUCCGUAUGUCAAAGUAUGGCACAUCUUCCAGGAGAAGAAGAUUGAGAAGAAGAAGACCCUGGUCAAGUACAACACACUGAACCCGGUCUUCAACAUCUCCUUCAUGUUCCACGUCACGCUGAACAAGAUCCGCGACACCAGCUUCAUCAUAUCCGUAGUGGACCACGACCGGCUGUCUCGCAACGACACCAUCGGAGGGAUCAUACUGGGUUCCAAGGUCCCCUCAGAGACCAGUCACUGGGCGGAGAUGUUGAACAAACCCAGAACUCCCGUGGCCCAGUGGCAUGUCUUAAAAGACAUGGGCUGAUAUAAUCAAGGAGGUCUUCCUUUUUUGUCCUGUGUAAAUAGUUUGGGUGUAUUUACCUUUUCCAAUUUUGCUGCCCGGUGUUUAUAGCAAACAGGGUAAUAAGGAGGUGCACCGAUAGCUGUCUUCCACUUUUUGCAUGUGUUGUAGAGGAUUGGAUGCAGGGAACCAAUGAAAGCUGGUCACCGUCACACAACACCUUUGUGUGUAAGUGGGUGUGAACGAUGCAUGCAGGGUACCGGCGACAGGUCAAGCACAGCACCAGUUUCCUCAGGAUUAUUUCACACUCUUGUGAAACUGCACCGGUACACAUACCACCUCAGCGACUGAGCUACACCUCAGCGACUGAGGAACACCUCAGCGACUGAGGAACACCUCAGCGACUGAGCUACACCUCAGCGACUGAGCUACACCUCAGCGACUGAGCUACACCUCAGCGACUGAGCUACACCUCAACGACUGAGCUACACCUCAGCGACUGAGCUACACCUCAGCGACUGAGCUACACCUCAGCGACUGAGGUACACCUCAGCGACUGAGCUUCACCUCAGCGACUGAGCUACACCUCAGCGACUGAGCUACACCUCAGCGACUGAGCUUUACCUCAGCGACUGAGCUACACCUCAGCGACUGAGCUUCACCUCAGCGACUGAGUUUCACCUCAGCGACUGAGCUUCACCUCAGCGACUGAGCUACACCUCAGCGACUGAGCUUCACCUCAGCGACUGAGCUUCACCUCAGCGACUGAGCUUCACCUCAGCGACUGAGCUUCACCUCAGCGACUGAGCUUCACCUCAGCGACUGAGCUUCACCUCAGUGACUGAGCUACACCUUCUAAUGUCUUUGCCUUCCAGUCAAGUGUUUAGGUCUUACAGUAAACCUACCAAAAAUGUCUUCCAACUCAUUUUGUAGAACAAUAAAAACAAACAUGGGUUGUUAUAAGUAUAGUAGAACACUGCAACAAUCGUUUUGAAAUCCAAAGACUUUCCCAAUUGGUAGAGAUUUCAAUGGCGUGUAUUAUACACUUCAUAUUGUUCGGUAUGCACUCUUUGCACAGAAUGGCCAUUUUGAAACUAAGGAUGUAAUGUUUAAACGCUUUAA